CACCAAUGCGCAUUAAUUGCCUUCCUGCCGCAGUGAGUCAGUGGACCGUUCACUGUCUCUCUGAGUACACGAACGGAGUGACGUCCAAUCUUUUAAAAACAUAGGUCUGUCUUCACGUCAUGGGACGCAACUAGUAGCUAAACCGACAUCAAGAAAGCGUACGUCACAGGGCCCUCAGCUGCAGCACCGAAUAUCGCUGAUAGACGGCCAGCUCAUUCAGGACUUUUGGCAACUGCGCACACACACGCACACACUCGUCUAUGCCCACACACGAAGUACAAGUAUGUGUACGAGUGAGUGAGCAGCAUGACCACUCACCUGCCAAAUUCCAUCGAUGACGAAAUGCGCGCCAGCCCGAUAGAGCUGCUCGUAUACGGUUUUGAUGCGGUCACUCAGCUGCCUGCACACACCCACACACGUGGAUGGAGUCUUUCCACACACGGCGAAGGGCCGCCUCACUUGCUUAUCGACCCAUCGAUGUCGGCAUCGGCUCUCUCGCUCACGAGACGACUUGUACGCGCCACACCUACUGUCCAGCACCUAUGGACACAUCCACUCACAGGCUGCACACGCACAGAUAGGCUCCCAAUGGCUUGUGGUACCCGGCAUUGAGCCCCUCCUCUAUGCCGCUGGCCGUGCUGCUCACGCGGACCACACUCGUGGCUGGGUACACACCUGCAUAACCAUGCAAACACGCAAAAAGCAUGUGUUAUGUGUGUCACGUGUACAUGUGUUGUGUGUGCCUACCCAGUCUGUGCAUGAGGUGGAACACCAGCCACGGCUGGGGGGCCUUUGGGGAGGUCUCUCUGGUCGACAGAAAGGCGUCAGGCAGGAAACCCUCGCCGAAAUACUCUGCUCGGAGCUUGAAACCCUCAAGGGCCUCUGGAGGGACACACACAGUCGCAUCGAAGCCUGUGUGAGGGCUGAUAGAUGUGCGUGUAGGUGUGCCGACCUUCGUUGCAGUCAGCAAUGACGGCGAUCUUCAGCCCAGCCUCCUGAGUCGACGGGAAGAAAGGAUAUCUGAAUUGGCGUGACGCAAUGAGAGUGAGGUCCCCUCUUUGUCAUUGCAGCAAACCUUGAGGCUCUUCAACGUCUCUGUGGCGUUCUGCAGGGGCAUGUGUGCAGAUGCCUCCAGAUGUGCCCAUAUGUGUGUCUAGUGUGUGCACACGUACCUGUAUCGGUUUGGAUGUCCUCACAGUCUUCACGUACUCACUGUCAAAGGUCUGCACACAGGCGCAAGGAUCAGGCCUCUGCGUACCUGGACAAAUGAGCGCACCUGUAUGAGCGAUGGCACCACCCAGGCAGGGGCAGUGACGUUCGGCAAUGCAAGAUCAGUGGCCCCCUGAGCCGCCUCGCGCAUACGAUCUGCACACACACGCAUCGCAACCAACGGUAUAGGUCUGUCUGCCGUGUACAGGUAGGCAUCUCACCUUCUGUCUUUUGACAAAGGUCCCGCAGCAAUCCCACCUUGCCUGUGGCGUCCUGCACACGUGCAGAUCUGCGUGGUUUUUCUCACUCACAGGGUGCUCCUGACUCACCAUUGGGUGCGGGUCUCCCUCCACAAGGCGCGUUUCAUCCUCACUCAGCUCAACGCCCUGCACAGAGCCACACACACACACACACACACACGAGUGCAACAGACAAAGGCAGAACUUCACUCACUCGCGAUAGAAAGCUCUCUCGGAGUGCGUUCUGUGUGCCGUGGAGGCCAUGGUCGAACCACACGCCUUCCAGAUCAAGAAUGACGGCACGCAGAUCUGCAGAUCCGUCGGAAUGGCUGCAAAUCAUGAAUGAAUGUACUCUUUCUUACCAACAGUGGCCUUCCUGCAGCGAAAGCCAGGGUCAAAAGGCGCCUCUCUCGCCAGCAU